GCCCGAGCCUUCCCGGAGCGCUGGGGCCAGAGCCGGCGAGGAGAGCCAGCCAGCCGGCCCGCCCAGCAUGCGGCGGUUCCGGAGGUUCGUGCAGCUGGUGGUUUUCUGCCCGCUCUCCAAAGGCCUGCAGAGCCGCCUUCCUGGCAUCAAAGUGAAGUACCUCUUCUUCGCCUGGCUGGGCAUUUUUGUGGGCAGCUGGAUGGUGUACAUGCAUUAUUCGUCCUACUCCGAGCUCUGCCGGGGACACGUCUGCCAAGCGAUCAUUUGUGAUCAGUACAACAAAGGCAUCAUUUCGGGAUCAAUGUGCAAAGACCUUUGUGAGGACCACACCUUGGUAUUUGAACACUGCUUAUCACCUUCUCCCACCCAGCAGGUCUACAGCGGCCUCUGGAAGGAGAGAGAAAUAAUUAUCAAAUGCGGCUUGGAAGAAGCCCUGAAGGCCGACAGCAACCCAGAUACAGACCCCAGGAGAGACGUGGUUCUCUUCAACAAGCCAACGAGGGGGACGUCCAUGGAUGAAUUCCGGGAGAUGCUUCUGAAUUUCUUGAAAGCUGGCCUUGGGGAUCAAGCCUCCCUCACCAACUUGGUGAACCAGAUUAUCGCCAUGGCCGACGUCAGUCGGGAUGGGAAGCUUUCUUUGGCUGAAGCGAAAUCCAUCUGGGCCCUUCUGCAGCUGAACGACUUCCUGCUGACCUUCUCCCUGCACGAGAAGGAGCACACCCCCAGGCUCUUGGGGCACUGCGGCGAUCUGUAUCUCACAGAGAAGAUCCACCACACUUCCCUCCACACAAUGGACUUUCCUCCUUUCCUGCAGCCACUGCUGCCUUCCGGUGUCCUCAGAGUCAUCCGCCAGUGGUUCUCCCCCACCUGGCCCCGGCGAGCCAAAAUCGCCAUUGGACUUCUGGAAUUCGUGGAGGAGAUCUUCCACGGGACUUACGGCAACUUCUACAUCUGCGAGGCCAGCUUCACCAACAUGGGCUACAAUAACAGAUACGACUUCAAAAUGGUGGACCUCAGGACGGUGGCCGCCGAGAUGACCAUACAGAGGUUCCUUAAGGGCCGUCACUGUGAGCAAAACACAGACUGCACUUACGGGAAGGACUGUGUGGCGCCAUGCGAUAAGCUCAUGAAGCAGUGUAAGAGCGAUGUGGUCCAGCCCAACCUCGCCAAGGUGUGUGGGCUCCUGCUGGAGUACCUGCUGCACGGGGCCCCGAGCGACUUGAAGGAGGAGCUGCAGAAGCAGCUGAAAACGUGCACCACGCUCAGCGGGCUGGCCAGCCAAAUGGAGGUGCACCACUCGCUGGUGCUCAACAGCCUCAAGACCCUCUUGUGGAAGAAAAUUUCCAACACACAAUAUUCCUAAAGGCCUCUGAGAAGCCUAAGGAGGGAGGGCGGCUCCCCUCUUCCCAACUCAGUCUAAGGCAGUGUUGGCGAACCUUUUCGGUGGGGGAGUACAGACGCGGGGGAGUGCCAGAAACCAGAAGAGCAGCUCCCCAGCGCGCGCGCACGGUGCCCCGGAAACCAGAAGAGCAGCUCCCUGGCUCGCAUACAUGCGCUGGGAAGCUGAGCUUCUGGUUUCCGGUGGGCGCCUGUGCACUGGUCGCCUGGUCUUCCAGUUUCUGGCACGCAUGCACGCACAAAACCCACUAGCAUGCUCGUGCCGGAACCUGGAAUAGCAACAGGCGACGGCUGGCAUGCCCAGAGAGAUGGCUCUGCGUGUCACUCCGGCACGUGUGCCAUCAUGGGUCUAAGGCCUUCAAGCGAGUGGGCUACAGGAGAGCCACAUAGCCUCCACAGACAGACAAGAGAGAACUUUGGGAUGGGGAGGGAUGAGAAAGAAAAGCAGUUUUUGUGGAACUGACGGGGAUCUCCAGGUGAGCGUAGCCGGGGUGAAGAGAGGACAAUUGUCUAUCUGAUGUAAAUAAAUGGUCUUUCUCUCUCUCUCUUUCUUUCUUUUGUGGAUUCUGUUUCAAGGCUGAUCCUUCGCUGGGGGAGCCAGUUCAAAACAAAGGUUGGACAUGCUUUGUGGGACCCAUGCUGCCAACUCUCAGGCUGGCUUCAAACAACUAUAGUUUUAGAAUACAUGGAUUUCUGUUCCUUAACUGACAUGUAGUGCAUUGUUAUCAACCCCAAAAUAAGGCUAAUCAGGUUAAGUGUAUUGUGUGAUGAAGCCAAAUGCAGAGUUGUCUGACCAAGCAUCAUUUCUUGCAGUAAACUAAAUAAUUAAGAUUCCUUAGCUUCAGGAGACAGGCUCACUUUCCGUUCAGUAGCAGUCCACAUGUUCACCAGGCCCUAAAUAGGCUAAUCUGAUGUAUGGUAUCCAUUGCUGACAGAGACUACUUAGUUUACAGAUUAACAUAGUUGGAAGGGACCUUGUAGGUCAUCUAGUCCAACCCCCCACCCGAGCCAUUUCUGACAGAUGGCAAUCCAGUCUCUUCCUGAAAGCUUCCAGGGAUGAAGCUCCCACAACUUACGAAGGCAACUUCUGUUCCAUUGGUUGGUUGUUCUCUAAUUUCCAGGUUGAAUCUCUCCUGGAUCAGUUUCCAUCCAUUAUUCCUAGUCUGGCCUUUGGGUGCCUUGGAAAAUAGCUUGACCUCCCUCCUCUCUGUGGCAGCCCCUCAAAUACUGGAAGACUGCCAU